AUGUCCGACAUCAAGAAGGUCUUCACAGCCAACGCCUGUCCGCCCAUUGUAGCGGGAUCCCAGAUCUACGUCUCCGGCCAGAUACCCGCGGAUAAGGAGGGCAAGCUGAUCGAGGGGAGCAUCGCGGACAAGACGAAGGCAUGCUGUGAGAACAUCAUCGCGAUCCUCACAGAGGCUGGAACAGAUAUCACCCGCGUUGUGAAGGUCAACGUCUUCCUCGACGACAUGGCCAACUUCGGCGAGAUGAACGGCGUCUACGAGAAGUACUUCGCCCACAAGCCGGCCCGGAGCUGCGUCGCGGUCAAGCAGCUGCCGAAGGGUGUCCCGGUGGAGAUUGAAUGCAUUGUGUUUACCGGUACGAGUGCGAAGCUGUAA